UGUGAAGUUUAUUUUGAACCUGUCUGUAAUUUGGGGCGUGCUCGUCAAUGUAUAUAAUAUAAAAUAAGGACUGUACGGGUUUGGGUGGAAUCUGUCUUACCAUGAUGCCUGGAGAUAAUCAGUCCAAAACGGCAGCAAUCGCCGCGGACGCGACGGUUGGAAACUGUCAAAACUGCUCUGUUUUGCACCAGAGCCUGACCGAAUAUGUAUCGUCAUUUCUGGCACUCAAACAGAAGAUUAUGGUUACAGAUGAUUCAAUCAGUCUUCAACAACAGGUGGAAGAGCUGCAGAUCAGAUUGGUUACCAUGGAGAAAAAGACGGCAGAUUAUGAAUCUGUGCAGGCAGAACUGGAGGAAAAGAAGGGUGCUCUUAAAACCUAUGAACAGAUGUCUGAAGAAAUGGAAAAACUGAAGCAGCAAAACAGCAAGACAAUGGGAGAGAAUAAGAAGCUUGAAGACCAGCUAAAGGAUGUGAAAGAAGUGACGGAAACACAGGCACUUGAAAAUGCUCAGCUGAAGAUGGAAAAGGCCGUAGUAGAAAAUGAUCUGCUGAAAACACAGAUAUCUUUGAAGGAAUCUCAGGCACAAGCAGAUCAAGUUGAAAAAUUGAUAGAGGAGAACACAAAGACAACAAGCAUAAAGGACAACCUUGAAAAUAAAGUUAGACUGCUCGAAGAAUCCGUUUGCAAACAGAAUCAUCAAAUAUCCCGAAUGACCAAAGAGAAGAUCCUGCUAGAAAGAAAUAUCAAUGACCUCCAGUUGAGACUGAGGAAACUGGAAAGAGAGAGGAUUAAAGAAUAUAGGAGCACAGCAACUCAAGCAAGUACACCCAAGGAGCAUAGAGUUGACAAAGAAAAGUUCCAGAUGCUGCUCCAGGAUUUGUGGGCAUGUGUGGAACCUCAGCAACAGUACUCUGCAAACAUGUCACACUUACCUGAGUCCGGGUCAAGGCAAGUUGUACCCUCCUCCCCACAAAACAGACUGCACUCUCGUCGAAGUGACACAUCCCAAACUGCUUCUCACAAGAUGAUUGAAUCCUACAGUAACCCCAUGCAUAUAGGAGCCACUUUGACACAGAUGAAUCCGUCUCCUCAAAGACAGAAAGCCAUCAAGCAGCAAGCAUCCUUGCAGUCAACAACUGCCAGGAAGCAAACAGACAUGCCGAAAAGGAGCAAGCGAUUGUCCAAAGAACACAAAACUGAGGAGUCAUCUGCUGACUCGGGCAGCUCUGAAGACUCUGUGAGGGAGAUAUUGGCAUUGUUCCAACCACUGCUUCCCUGCAUCUCACCGCUACCAGCUUUGUACACAGAGUUGGAAUCUAUGGAGACAAAUGACGGAGAAAAGGAAAGCCAUCCCAAAAUCUCUGACUCUGUUCCUCAUCAACAAGAAGAGUCCUCACUCAUCUCAACAUCAGUAACAAGCGACUGUCCAAAAUCUACUGCACCACCAACAGAGGAGAAGGUGGAGUUGCCAGUGGUCACAACACAGGAAGUGGAAAACAUUUCUAAUGAAAAUGACUCCAAAGACUUGGGACAAAAUGAGCUGAGUGGCACUACUGAAGCGAUGGGCAAAAGCAGCACAGAUGGUGAGGAAACGCCUCUUCAAGAAGACAUGCUGACUGAGCAGGAGCCAGCAGCUGUGCACUUAGUAUCGGCAUCAUCAUUGUCUUCUUCCACAUCAGACGUGGCAGUUUUGGUUGAGGCUGUCUCGUUAACUACUGACAGUCAAGAGCCAUCCAGCAUUGUCGAUCCUGGUUGCUUCUCUGAAAGUGCAAAUGCUUUGGAAGAGGUAAAGGAAGACCAGUCAGAGACCACUACAGAGAUGGAUGUAGACACAAGCCCUAGUGAUGGUUCUGGGGCUAAAACUGUCACUCCUGAUGGCAAAGAGUCACCCAGAAGGAGUGAUUCAACUGCACUAUCAGAAGAAACGGUAGAUUUGCAGCUAGUUACUUCAGUUACUUCCUCAGCAUUCAUUGACUCUGAUGUUACAAAUACAGGAAAUGGUCAGCAGGACUCUUGUGGUCUGGGACAGGGCACUCAAGAUGCCACAGGCCUUAAAAUCCAGGAGAAUAAAGGCUGUCUAGACAAGGACACAAACGUGCCAGACGAAAAACCAUGUUUGUCAAACAGAAGUAUCGGCAUUCGUGUCUCCAAUGAAAAUGUUGAAGAGAGUCAUGAAAGUGAUGCAUCCAUACAACUUCUUGGGGAAGAAGAUGAGAAUGAGGCCAAGGGAACAGGAGGAGUUGAUGCAGCAGUUUCUCCCUCUGAGUCAAAUGGGGAUAAUAGACCUGCGUCUCCACACAAGUCUCCUCUGAUGAUGAUGGAAAAUCACGUGUCCCAUGCUGACCAGAAAUCUGGUCAAGCAAAUUUUGAAAGUCCUUCAAAAAAGGAUGUUGACACCAAGACAAUGAACAGUGAAAUACUGGCAGAUCAUGAGCUGUCCCUUUCUGACUCCAAAGAAACUGUUAACUGUGAAUCCAUGAAGGAAAAUAUGCAUUCUGUGUGCAGGCAGUUGAGUCCCACAUGUCUGUUACCAAUUGUAGAAUUGAAAGCUUUAGAAAAACAGAAUGUCGAUAGUAACUCUGAGCACAUUUCAACAAACGACGAAACUCCACAGCCCGCGCCCAGUUUAGAGGAAGAAGAUAUCACUGAAAAGGCUGUUGUCAAAGACUUGUUCCAGGCUGGCAAAGACGCAAGUAACCAGAAUGUGAAGCAAUAUAACUUGCGCUCUGGUAGGUCUACUCCCUCAUUAAAGAGUGCUGCUGCCACAAAUGGACAAAAUAAAUGUUUGAAGCCAUGUACAAAAGAGCUUGAAAAACAAAGCCAACAUGGGAUCAAAAAGGAGGAACCUAGACCAGUGGCAGGUUCAACUACAGUUCAAUCACCAAACUGCAUCAGCCAAGUUCGCUCUGAAAUGGGCCCUCCACUUCCUUGUCUCUUAACCCCCCUGAGCACACCUCCAAAGGCAGGCAAGUCAAUCAAUCCAAGGCAGGCAAUUGGGAAACUGUCAUUUCCCUCGCCCAUGGACCGACUGGCUUCGCCUACCACUCCUGUCCAGGCCCAUUUGACACCCAACAGUCAGCAGGCGAGUUCCUCAUCUAUAAAUGGCGUCCCGUCAUCACCGCUUCAGUUCGGCUCUGCCACUCCCAAACACGCCGUGCCGGUCCCAGGCCGCCUGCCGUUGACCGCAAUGCAUUCCUCCCCGUCGUCUUCCUCCAGUCCUUCUCAGGAAAACUCCAUGAGGAUCCUUGACACCAUGUACCCAGAGCUCUCUGCUCACGCCCGAACUCUGAGCAUCCUCAGAGGCAACGUGGGUCUCAGCAUGUGUUCAUCUGAGAGCAGAGCAUUACCCACGACAACCAACAGUCAGACAUCUUGCUUUAAAACUGUUAACUCGACUUCAACGGCCUUCACCAAGACCGAGACGAGAGGAGAAAAAAGACAGGCCGUCGGUUUGUCUCAACCGAAAAGUAGCAAAUGUCUCAGACUUGAUAACUGCUCUCCUGUUGUCAGCCGCAAGCAGGUGCUUUCCUCCUCCUCAAACAGUGGGGAAGAGACCCCCUCACUCCAGACUCAAAGGCUGCUCAAGAAGGAGUCGACCUCUCCAGCCAUUGAAGCUGGAGAAUCUGCAGAGCAAAAUCCUAUAGUUAACUAUUUAAAGAAGAUUGAACACCAGUGUUUUGAUCUAUUGCCUGUGAUACAGAGCCACCUGUAUGUUGGCAACCUGCCUAAAAAGCCUGUCUUAAGAGACGAGGAGAAGGAGGUUAUCUUUGGGAUUUGUCAAAGUAGUUUGGCAGAUGAUAUGAUCUUGGCCAUCCUGAACAAGCUGAAAGCAGAGAAAAGACAUCUCAGCGGAAACUACAUGCAAGCCCUCUGUAGAGUCCACACAGGGAUCUGCAGAAUGAAGAGAUACUGGGAGAAGACUCACAUCUUGGCCCACAGUCUUCUCACAGAAGAUUUCCCAGACUCUGCUAAGCUGAUUUUGUUCAUGGCGACAACGUGGCCCACAUUUUUCUCCCACAGUUGUACUCUGUGCCAGGCAAUACAUACUGUCACCAAACUAAAAGCACAAGAAAACCUCCUCAGCUGCCUUACAGCUUUCCUUGAUUGGGAGAAGAAUCCUCCAUGUGACAUUGACACACUGAUCUCCAGAACACUGUCUGAUAUCCGGUCAGGGUCAAGCCUGUCCGUCACCGAGCACAGUCGCUAUGGUUACGACCUGGGGACUGACGCUUGGCAGCAUGUCUUAACACUGCAACUCCUUUGUACACACAAGAAGUGGAAGUGGACCUAUGAUCAUUUAUUGGGCAAGGAGUUGUGGCCAAUAAUGAACGCCUGGAUGUCACAGCCCAGAGACCAACAGGGCCCUGUUUCUGAUGUGACCGUCGCCAUUGUACUGCGCCUCAUAGGACGCCUCGGUCAACUGGGAGUGAAAGAGAGGUGUGUUUCCUCUGUGGCAACUGUCGCCAACGUCAUCAACACGUUUGGUAGGCACGGACAGACUGAAGGUGUGCCAUGGGAGGUUCAGUUAGCAGCCAUCUACUGCAUCUACGACCUGUCACCCUGCAACCCCAAACAAGCCCUGGAUGCCCUGGCAGGAUGGAGAGGAGAAACGCCUCACAGCGUCCCUCCUGCUGUUACUAGCUGCAUUAACCAGUUAGCGUCUGUCUGCAGACAGGUCAGGAGCUGAGAGACGCUCAUGCUGUACAAAUCCACAUUAACAAGCAUGCCAAUACCUAUUUUAACAGGGUGAAAGAAAAUUCCACUAUGCACCUUAAAGUUAAUUUUACCUUGCUGACUGGCAGCCUAUAAUGAAGCUGUUUACCAUUUGGGGACAUGAACAGUCACAAAUUGGUGAAAAAAAUGUACUCUGAUUUUGUAGCAGAUGUCCCCUCAAUUUUUAUUGUUAGACAUGUAAAUUUUGGUUUUCUAGAAUUUUAAACUGUCCACACCCUGUAAUAAAUUAAUGCAUAACUCCCUGCCUUUUUUUCUGAUGUUCUAAGGUAAUACUGUAAAAUAUGUAUAUGUGUUCUGGUUUAAUUGUGGCUCUGCUGUGCGUGUUUUCU